AUGUUGGGCCUUUUGGGAUGGGUGUCGCUCUUGUUUGAGCCACUCGCUUUUGAUAUACCUCCCAUUGAACCGCAACCCCGUCUCCGAGCCGAGAAUCAACAGGUCAUCCCCGCCCAGGGGCGCUUCGAAGAUAUCAUCACCGGCGAUUACGGCCAUCCCCCGGUACUCCGUAUCCAUGACCGACAGGGCGUGGUGAAAUGGAGUUGGGAACGGUCGGAUGUCGCGCAGGAUCUUCCGCCUCGUAUUCGGAGCGGGCUAUACAGCAAUGCGAACGAUGCGACCGACAUGAAGUGGAUGCGAGGUGGUACCAGUGUCGCUGCCAUCUACAGUAACCUCAUCGUCGUCAUCAACCACACCCCCGAUCGACCCUCCCUCGAUAAGAAGAUCACCUUCGCCCUCAGCAGAGACAGUCCGAUGCUAUGGAAUGCCCACACUCUGGAACCGUUGCCAGGGGACCGCCUUGCGGUGGGCACCACCGGCCAGCGACCCUGGGACGGCAUCCAAGUCUACAACAUCAGCACGGCAAAUCCGCUCGUCGAUGAACCUCCGAUCCUACAAACCAUCGAGGGCCUACGCGCCAUUCACGCGUUGAUUUGGGAUGAACAGGGCCAGAUGUUGUGGGCGGCGGGGACCGAUGCGGCUGCGGAUGGCUCCGAUCCGGUGCCUGCCCACGGCGUCAUUCAGGGCUACCCUUUUGAUGCCGCGACUGGUCUCCUGCGUGAAGAUCAAGCCUACCGAUUCCGAUUCCCGCAUUACUACGAUAUCGACACCGAAUGGGGCCACGGGUACAGCUGGUGGUCAGGACCGCAUGAUCUGGUACCCGUCCCUAACGAGCGGGUUUUCCUCGUCUCCAACGACAUCGGCCUGCACGCUUUUGACAUUCCGACGAUGCAGUUCACUGCUGCCUACGAGGAGGUUAUCGAUAAAUAUAUGCCUGGCUUCGAAUGCACCACCAACGAUCGCCAUGGGAUCAACCGCCAAGGCAAAUACGAAGAGCUGCCCCAGUCGGACCUGAAAGGGUUCAGCCUGGCCCCCGAUGGCAGCUUCUUAUACGUGCAGUCUCUCUGGCAACUCUUCCGCGGCAACCACACGAGUCUUGUUGUGGAUGGCGUGCGCCAUGAGAUCAGACAGGGGGACGAGAUCUAUCGGUCGCGUUUCUUUGCUGACAUUGAUGGCUGGCCCAAACCGAAGACGUAG